UUUUCCUCGCCCAUUCCCUGGCUUUCUCUCGUAAAGCGACACCAGCUUCCUUGCUUUCUCUACUACCUCUGUAUCGCCGAACCCUGGCUGGCGCUUAUGGGCAUGAAACACUCCUCCCGCUGCCUGCUCCUCCGGAGGAAGAUGGCGGAGAACGCAGCCGAGAGCACCGAGGUGAGCAGUCCCCCCUCCCAGCCCCCUCAGCCUGUCAUCCCACCCAAGCCUGUGCAAUGUGUCCAUCAUGUGUCCACUCAACCCAGCUGCCCAGGCCGGGGCAAGAUGUCCAAGCUGUUGAACCCAGAGGAGAUGACGUCAAGAGAUUAUUACUUUGAUUCCUAUGCUCACUUUGGGAUCCACGAGGAAAUGCUCAAGGAUGAGGUGCGGACACUCACCUACCGGAACUCCAUGUACCACAACAAGCAUGUGUUCAAGGACAAAGUGGUGUUGGACGUGGGGAGUGGGACUGGGAUCCUGUCCAUGUUUGCUGCCAAAGCGGGGGCCAAGAAGGUGUUUGGGAUUGAAUGCUCCAGUAUUUCUGACUACUCAGAGAAGAUCAUUAAGGCCAACCACUUGGACAACAUCAUCACCAUAUUUAAGGGUAAAGUGGAGGAGGUGGAGCUGCCCGUGGAGAAGGUAGACAUCAUCAUCAGCGAGUGGAUGGGCUACUGUCUGUUCUAUGAGUCAAUGCUCAACACAGUGAUCUUUGCCAGGGACAAGUGGCUGAAACCUGGAGGGCUUAUGUUUCCAGACCGGGCAGCUUUGUACGUGGUAGCAAUUGAAGACAGACAGUACAAGGACUUCAAAAUCCACUGGUGGGAGAAUGUCUAUGGCUUUGACAUGACCUGUAUCCGGGACGUGGCCAUGAAGGAGCCCCUGGUGGACAUUGUGGAUCCCAAGCAAGUGGUGACGAAUGCCUGCUUAAUAAAGGAGGUGGACAUUUAUACUGUGAAGACAGAAGAGCUGUCAUUCACCUCCGCGUUCUGCCUGCAGAUACAGCGCAACGACUACGUCCACGCCCUCGUCACCUAUUUUAAUAUUGAAUUUACCAAGUGCCACAAGAAAAUGGGGUUUUCUACAGCCCCAGAUGCCCCCUACACCCACUGGAAGCAGACUGUCUUCUACUUAGAAGAUUACCUCACUGUCCGGAGAGGGGAGGAAAUCUAUGGAACUAUAUCCAUGAAGCCAAAUGCCAAAAACGUGCGAGACCUCGACUUCACAGUAGACUUGGAUUUUAAGGGCCAACUCUGCGAAACAUCUGUAUCUAAUGACUACAAAAUGCGUUAGCACCUGUGGGGAGCUGCAGAGAGUGAGUGAGAAAAGGCACUCUCACCUUGGUUUGUCAUGCUGUCCCCAAGAAUGCUGUUUGCAGGACUCCACACUUGAAAACCAGAGCUUUUAACUCUGCCUUGAAGAUUGAUGAACUCACCGGGCUUUCAUGGGCUUGGCCCUGAACAGGGAGCUCCAGCUCCUCCACUCUGCUCUGGGGGCCCUUCAGGAAGGGUUUGUUGUCACCAACAAAGAGCAGCCUGUGGCUGGGGUCCCAGGGAUGGAAAAGUACCUGUGUAUCCACAUUGUCCCUCUAAACUGUGACUCUCUGGAUCUUCCAAGUUUUGCAUGCUGCAGGCAUCUAGGGCAGAUCGCUUCCACUAGAACAUGGAGACAUAGUGUCUUUGAUAGCAUAAGCCAGAUUAUCUGUCCGUGUGGUGGUGUGUGCGUGCGUGUGCGUGCAUAAAGCAUAUAUAGUAGUUUAUUUACCCACAGAGGUCUGUAUAUGUAUGCAUGCAUAUACAACCAAGUGGGUAUAUUAUGUGUUCAUUCAGAGGGGUGUGUGUGUGCGUGCGCGUGGGUGUGUGUGCAUAGAAAAUAUAUUACUCUUGGAGGAGAUUCUGUUGCUUUGAAUAGGAAUUUGUUUUGUGAUUAGUACUCUCCUUCCCUGUCCCUUACAGAUGUUAUGCAGCUAGGAAAUAUUAUCUGUACUAUCACUGGUCAACUUUUGACUGGACUGUGGCUCUGAACCUGAGGAUUAGUACCACAGACUCCAUGGGCGCUCAAUAAACAAACCUGAGAAC